AUGGCUCGGAGAGUAACGGACACCGACGCCGAGACGAAAGGGACCAUGCUCGUGAUCACAGUCACAGCCAUGAACACCGAUCUAGGUCUUCUCGCCACUACACAUACAGUGAUAGAGAACAUGAUUAUCCCCGGACUCAUCGAAUUGGGUCGGGUCCUCCGUCACCAUCACCAUCACCGCCAUUACCAAAACCCGAGUCACAAUCUUCGGUAG